AUGCAGCGGCACUCUGGAUUCGACUUCUCCCUCAAGGUCAGUCGCACAAAGAAGUCCGACGAUGAGGGCGAAUAUAUUGUCCGUGCUGAGAACAGUUUCGGACGAAAAGAAAGCUCCGCGUACCUCACUGUCGAUUAUAUUCGGGAAGUAACUCAGGAACCACCUCCGCCAGUGAAGAGGAAGUUCGAGUUGAAGACGUAUGAAGUCUGGAAAGAGGAUGAGUAUCCGCCACGCUUCUCCCGCAUGCUUCAAAAUCGGUUUGUGCAAGAUGGUAGUCAUGUGAAACUGAUGUGUACCGCGGACGGAAAUCCAACUCCGACAUUGACUUGGUACAAGGACGGACGCGAGAUUGGUCGCGACACCCCAGACUACACCGUACAAACGAUGUUGGGCAUCAGCUCGCUUGAGAUUUACAGCUGUUCAGAGCGGCACUCGGGCAAGUAUACCUGUAAAGCAACCAACAGCCGUGGCGAGGAUGAGACUGGCUGCAAAUUGGUCGUUGAGCCCAACCGUGUGAAAAAGCUUCUUGCUGCAACUGCUAAUCUCCGUGGAAUGCGAUCAAGCAGCCAACAACCGACAAUGCUCAGCGAAACUAAUUCCUGGCGCGAGACUUCCGUUUCUGGCAGCACAACCAUCACAAGAUCGUACUACAGCAGUCGACGAGCGGAACGUAUCACCUCAGAGGUUCGCGAAAUGUCGCCUCAGCAGACGGCACCAACGCUGGCUGGAGCCCUUGAAAGCCCCUUCGACUUGCAGGAGGGUGAUCGCCUUUCGCUUGAAGUAAGAAAUGAUUCCAGAGUGUCCAUCGAGACUCAGGAGGGCGCGCGACGGAGUCGUCUAGUGAUUGACGAGGUCUCAGCUAGCGAUGCUGGCGACUACGAGUGUCGGGCCUCAAACCCCGCAGGGGUCGCCAAGACACGAGUUACUGUGGACGUCCAACGAUCAAAGAAAAAGCUGUUGCAAAGUAUACAUGACGAGGAAAUAAACGAUGCCUACUACAACAAUAGCAGCCAGCUGACAGAUAACGGACCUGUAUCGACUCUUACUGUGCAUGAUAAUACAGUGUUUGAAGAGACCUCCAACUCGAUCGAAGAAAACUCCACUUAUUCUGUGCGCAUGAACUCAGUGUCUAAAGUCCUGGAUUUGCCUAUCGUGGUCAGUCACCUCCAGGGUCAGAUUUGUGACGUGGGCUCCUCCGUGCAGCUAAGCUGUGCCUUCAAAAACGAGGUCGGCCUUGGCUGGUUCUUCAACGGCAGGCCUCUCACCCCCAGUGAUCGAUGCGCCAUGAGCGCUAGUGACGGUGUUGUGGAUCUGGAGCUCUCUGACCUUUGUCUGAACGACAGCGGCGUUUACAGUUGCUACGCUUUUGGCAACCAGGGCAAGAUCUAUACAGCAGCCUAUAUCCACGUCCGUGACCCCGGCAAUCCUCCGCCUGGCCCCGAGUUCAUUACUUUCCCCGAAUCAAUGACGAUUACUGCUGACAGUCCGAUUGAGAUCAAUUGUACCUUCACAAAACCCGUGGAACAUGUAAUGAUGUGCCAGAAUGAGCUCGAGAUGGAGGAAGCUGUCAUCGAACUUGGCGAUGGAGGCCUCUCCGUGAAGGUCUCUCUGGCUGGAGGUGAACUGUUACCGGCAGACACCGGAAAAUACGCAAUUAUAGCUCAG